UUUGCAAUUAUAUUUAUUUGUGAAGGAAAUAAAACAGGUGCAGUACGUGGUGAGGUUAAGUAGGCAGCGAGCAGUGGACAGUGGGCAGCGAGCGGUGUGCAGUGGGCAGCAUGCGGUGGGCGUGGGCGUCGGCGUGGCGCGGCGCGCGGCUGUGCGCGGCCGUGGCGCUAGCCAUGUCGCUCAGCCUCACGGCCGGCCGCCGCGACUACAAGAACCGCAUGGACAGCAUGGAGGCCAAGCAGAACUCCGACAUCUCGCUAUGGAUCGACGAGCGACAAGUCCGCAUGUUCAGUGGUAUUUCAAUGCAAGUGUUUGCGAUAUUGAAUGGCCACAUAUCGCCGUACAUUCUGGACCCGAACUUCUCACACAAGCUGCCCACCAUCCCUUCGGAGGUGGGAUACGUCAACUUCACGUGGCGCUCCCGCAAGCGCUACCAGUACCACUUUGACACGCUCACCUCCUCCGACCCCAAGCUGCUCAAGCCGCCCGUCCUUUCCAUCAAAACCCAGGGCCGGGUGCCUAAAGCUCCAAAAGAAUUCAGUAUAUUUUUGAUUUGCCUGGGAAACAACAGCGGUGUGGCGACAUUCGAAAUAGGACUCGUGCUCAAAAACGGCCGCAACAUCCCACUAAAAGGCACCCCUCUAAGGUUAAAUUUAAAGAAGGAAUGCGCACAGAGAGGUGUGUAUUUAGAAAGGACAGGGCCGGACCCGGAGUGCGACAAGAAGUGCGCCAACCAGGGCUGGUGUAACGAGGAGAAGAUCUGUCAGUGCCCCGAGGGCUACAUGGGUCAGCACUGUCGCACGGCGCUGUGCUACCCGCAGUGCAUGAAUGGCGGCAACUGCACCGCGCCCGGACUCUGCUCCUGCCCGCCCGGGUACCAGGGCCGCCAUUGCGAAGGAGGUAUAUGUUCCCAGAAGUGUCUCAACGGCGGUAAAUGUAUUCAGAAAGAUACGUGCGAGUGCCCCAAGGGUUACUAUGGCCUACGCUGCGAGUUUUCGAAGUGCGUAAUCCCGUGCCUGGGAGGGGGUCGCUGCAAGGGGGUGAACAAGUGCCGCUGCCCGCCGGGGCUGGGCGGUGACCACUGCGAGGUGGGAAGGCGUGCGGGCCCGUGCCCGCGGCCCUGCCGGCAUGGCAUCUGCCGCAGCGGUGUCUGCGUGUGCGAGCCCGGCUGGCGGGGACGCUUCUGUCAUCGCACGCACGGUUCUUCAGAAGAAUCGGGAGAAUUUAAAAGGCCACGAUAACUCAACAAAAAUAAGAACAACAACUUGUACAUUCUAGAAAAGAGAUAUAUUAAUGAAAUAAAAACGUUUUAAUAAGUACAUUA